CUGUAUUGGCGCAGCCCGCUGGGUGUCACUGGAGACGGAAUGGAGGUGCUGCCGGGCUCGGAAAUGGGGUCCAAGGGUAGCCAAGGAUGGCUGCAGCUUCAUAUGAUCAGUUGUUAAAGCAAGUUGAGGCACUGAAGAUGGAGAACUCAAAUCUUCGACAAGAGCUAGAAGAUAAUUCCAAUCAUCUUACAAAACUGGAAACUGAGGCAUCUAAUAUGAAGGAAGUACUUAAACAACUACAAGGAAGUAUUGAAGAUGAAGCUAUGGCUUCUUCUGGACAAAUUGACUUACUAGAGCGUCUUAAAGAACUUAAUUUAGAUAGCAGCAGUUUCCCCGGAGUAAAACUACGGUCAAAAAUGUCACUCCGUUCUUAUGGAAGCCGGGAAGGAUCUGUAUCAAGUCGUUCAGGAGAAUGCAGCCCUGUUCCUAUGGGGUCAUUUCCAAGAAGAGGGUUUGUAAAUGGAAGCAGAGAAAGUACUGGAUAUUUAGAAGAACUUGAGAAAGAGAGAUCAUUACUCCUUGCUGAUCUUGACAAAGAAGAAAAGGAAAAAGACUGGUAUUAUGCUCAACUUCAGAAUCUCACUAAAAGAAUAGAUAGUCUUCCUUUAACUGAAAAUUUUUCCUUACAAACAGAUAUGACCAGAAGGCAAUUGGAGUAUGAAGCAAGGCAGAUCAGAGUUGCAAUGGAAGAACAACUGGGCACAUGCCAGGAUAUGGAAAAACGAGCACAGCGAAGAAUAGCCAGAAUUCAGCAAAUAGAAAAGGACAUACUUCGUAUACGACAACUUUUACAGUCCCAAGCAACAGAAGCAGAGAGGUCAUCUCAGAACAAACACGAAACUGGCUUACACGAGGCUGAGCGGCAGAAUGAAGGUCAAGGAGUGGCAGAGGUCAACGUGGCAACUUCUGGUAGUCAGGGAUCAACAACACGAAUGGACCAUGAAACAGCUAGUGUUUUGAGUUCUAGUAGUACACACUCUGCUCCUCGAAGGCUGACGAGUCAUCUAGGAACCAAGGUGGAAAUGGUGUAUUCAUUGUUGUCAAUGCUUGGUACUCAUGAUAAGGAUGAUAUGUCGCGAACUUUGCUAGCUAUGUCUAGCUCCCAAGACAGCUGUAUAUCCAUGCGACAGUCUGGAUGUCUUCCUCUCCUCAUCCAGCUUUUACAUGGCAAUGACAAAGACUCUGUAUUGUUGGGAAAUUCCCGGGGCAGUAAAGAGGCUCGGGCCAGGGCCAGUGCAGCCCUCCACAACAUCAUUCACUCACAGCCUGAUGACAAGAGAGGCAGGCGUGAAAUCCGAGUCCUUCAUCUUUUGGAACAGAUACGAGCUUACUGUGAAACCUGUUGGGAGUGGCAGGAAGCCCAUGAACAAGGCAUGGACCAAGACAAAAAUCCAAUGCCAGCUCCUGUUGAACAUCAGAUCUGUCCUGCUGUGUGUGUUCUAAUGAAACUUUCAUUUGACGAAGAGCAUAGACAUGCAAUGAAUGAACUUGGUAGGAAGGCUACCCGGGGCAUUUCAUCACAGGAGCUAGGGCAGGGGCUUUCAGGGGGACUACAGGCCAUUGCAGAAUUAUUGCAAGUGGACUGUGAAAUGUAUGGGCUUACUAAUGACCACUACAGUAUUACUUUAAGACGAUAUGCUGGAAUGGCUUUAACAAACUUGACUUUCGGAGAUGUUGCCAACAAGGCUACACUCUGUUCUAUGAAGGGCUGCAUGCGAGCGCUUGUGGCCCAACUAAAAUCUGAAAGUGAAGACUUACAACAGGUUAUUGCAAGUGUUUUGAGGAAUUUGUCCUGGCGAGCAGAUGUAAACAGUAAAAAGACAUUGAGGGAAGUUGGAAGUGUGAAAGCACUGAUGGAAUGUGCUUUGGAAGUUAAAAAGGAAUCAACCCUCAAAAGCGUAUUGAGUGCCUUAUGGAAUUUGUCAGCACAUUGCACUGAGAAUAAAGCUGAUAUAUGUGCUGUAGAUGGUGCACUUGCAUUUUUGGUUGGCACUCUGACUUACCGGAGCCAGACAAACACUUUAGCCAUCAUUGAAAGUGGAGGUGGGAUAUUACGGAAUGUGUCCAGCUUGAUAGCUACAAACGAGGACCACAGGCAAAUCCUAAGGGAUAACAACUGCUUACAAACUUUAUUACAACACUUAAAAUCUCACAGUUUAACAAUAGUCAGUAAUGCAUGUGGAACUUUGUGGAAUCUCUCAGCAAGAAACCCUAAAGACCAGGAAGCAUUAUGGGACAUGGGGGCAGUCAGCAUGCUCAAGAACCUCAUUCAUUCAAAGCACAAAAUGAUUGCUAUGGGAAGCGCUGCAGCUUUAAGGAAUCUCAUGGCAAAUAGACCAGCAAAGUAUAAAGAUGCCAAUAUUAUGUCUCCUGGUUCAAGCUUGCCAUCUCUUCAUGUUAGAAAACAAAAAGCCCUAGAAGCAGAAUUAGAUGCCCAGCAUUUAUCAGAAACUUUUGACAAUAUUGACAGUUUAAGUCCCAAGGCAUCUCAUCGUAGUAAGCAGAGACACAAGCAAAGUCUUUAUGGUGACUAUGUUUUUGAUUCUAAUCGACAUGAUGAUAAUAGGUCAGACAGUUUUAAUACUGGAAACAUGACUGUUCUUUCUCCAUACUUGAAUACUACUGUAUUGCCCAGCUCCUCUUCCUCAAGGGGAACUUUAGAUAGUUCUCGUUCUGAAAAAGACAGAAGUUUGGAGAGAGAACGAGGGAUUGGCCUAAGCAGCUACCAUCCAGCAACAGAAAACCCAGGAACCUCUUCAAAACGAAGUUUGCAGAUGUCUACCACUGCAGUUCAGAUUGCCAAAGUUAUGGAAGAAGUAUCGGCCAUUCAUACCUCCCAAGAAGAUAGGAAUUCUGGUUCCACCACGGAAUUACACUGUGUUACAGACGAAAGGAAUGCAAUACGAAGAAGCUCUGCUGCCCACACACAUUCAAACACAUACAAUUUCACUAAGUCAGAAAAUUCAAAUAGGACAUGUUCUAUGCCUUAUACCAAUCUGGAAUAUAAGAGAUCUUCAAAUGAUAGUUUAAAUAGUGUCAGUAGUAGUGAUGGUUAUGGUAAAAGAGGUCAAAUGAAACCCUCAAUUGAAUCAUAUUCUGAAGAUGAUGAAAGUAAAUUUUGCAGUUACGGUCAAUAUCCAGCUGACCUAGCCCAUAAAAUACAUAGUGCAAAUCACAUGGAUGAUAAUGAUGGAGAGCUAGACACACCAAUAAAUUAUAGCCUUAAAUACUCAGAUGAGCAGCUGAACUCUGGAAGACAGAGUCCUUCACAGAAUGAAAGAUGGGCAAGACCCAAACACGUAAUCGAAGAUGAACUAAAACAAAGUGAACAAAGACAAUCAAGGAGUCAAAAUACCACUUACCCUGUAUAUGCUGAGAGCACUGAUGAUAAGCACCUCAAGUUCCAACAUUUUGGACAGCAGGAAUGUGUUUCCCCAUACAGGUCCAGGGGAACUAAUGGCUCUGAAGCAAACCGAGUGGGUUCAACUCAUGGGAUUAACCAAAACGUAAACCAGCCUUUGUGUCAGGAAGAUGACUAUGAAGAUGAUAAGCCAACCAACUAUAGCGAACGUUACUCUGAGGAAGAACAGCAUGAAGAAGAGAGACCAACAAAUUAUAGCAUAAAAUAUAAUGAAGAAAAACAUCAUGUGGAUCAGCCUAUUGAUUAUAGUUUAAAAUAUGCCACUGACGUUUCUUCCUCACAGAAACCAUCAUUUUCAUUCUCAAAGAGUUCAUCUGCACAGAGUUGUAAAACCGAACACAUCUCGUCAAGCAGUGAGAAUACAUCCACACCUUCCUCUAAUGCCAAGAGGCAGAAUCAGCUGCAUCCAAAUUCAGCACAAAGUAUAAGUGGUCAGACUCAAAAAGGUACCACUUGCAAGGUUCCCUCUAUCAACCAAGAAACAAUCCAGACUUACUGUGUAGAAGACACCCCAAUUUGUUUUUCAAGGUGUAGUUCCUUAUCAUCUUUGUCAUCAGCUGAAGAUGAAAUAGGAUGUGAUCAGACAACACAAGAAGCAGAUUCUGCUAAUACUCUGAAAAUAGCAGAAAUAAAAGAGAAUAGUGUGACUAGAGCAACUGAAGAUCCUGCAAAUGAAGUGUCAACAGCGUCACAGCAUGUUAGAACCAAAUCCAGCAGACUCCAGGCUUCUGGUUUAUCUUCAGAAUCAACCAGGCACAAAGCUGUUGAAUUUUCUUCAGGGGCAAAAUCUCCCUCCAAAAGUGGUGCUCAGACACCCAAAAGUCCACCAGAGCACUAUGUUCAGGAGACUCCACUCAUGUUUAGCAGAUGUACUUCUGUCAGUUCACUUGAUAGUUUUGAGAGUCGUUCCAUAGCCAGCUCUGUUCAGAGUGAACCAUGCAGUGGGAUGGUAAGUGGCAUUAUAAGCCCCAGUGACCUUCCAGAUAGCCCUGGACAAACCAUGCCCCCAAGCAGAAGUAAAACUCCCCCACCUCCUCCCCAAACAGUGCAAAGUAAGCGAGAGGUACCUAAAAAUAAAGUGCCUCCUGUUGAAAAGAGAGAAAGUGGACCUAAGCAAGCUGCUGUGAAUGCUGCUGUUCAGAGGGUCCAGGUCCUUCCAGAUGCUGAUACCUUAUUACAUUUUGCCACAGAAAGUACUCCAGAUGGAUUUUCUUGUUCAUCUAGCCUGAGUGCCCUGAGCCUUGAUGAACCAUUUAUACAGAAAGAUGUGGAGUUAAGAAUAAUGCCUCCAGUUCAGGAAAAUGACAAUGGGAAUGAAACAGAACCAGAGCAGCCUGAAGAAUCAAAUGAAAACCAGGAAAAAGAGGCAGAAAAACACAUUGAUUCUGAAAAGGAUCUGUUAGAUGAUUCAGAUGAUGAUGAUAUCGAAAUACUAGAAGAAUGUAUUAUUUCUGCCAUGCCAACAAAGUCAUCACGCAAAGCCAAAAAGCUAGCCCAGACUGCUUCAAAAUUACCUCCUCCUGUUGCAAGGAAACCAAGUCAACUACCUGUCUACAAACUUCUACCAUCACAAAACAGACUGCAGACACAAAAACACGUUAGUUUCACACCAGGAGACGAUAUGCCACGGGUAUAUUGCGUAGAAGGGACGCCUAUAAACUUUUCAACAGCUACGUCACUAAGUGAUCUAACAAUAGAAUCUCCUCCAAAUGAGUUAGCUGCUGGUGAAGGGGCUAGAGCAGGGACACAGUCCAGUGAAUUUGAAAAACGAGAUACCAUUCCUACAGAAGGCAGAAGUACAGAUGAGGCUCAGAGAGGAAAACCGUCAUCUAUAACUAUGCCCGAACUGGAUGACAAUAAAACAGAGGAAGGUGAUAUUCUUGCAGAAUGCAUUAAUUCUGCUAUGCCCAAAGGAAAAAGUCACAAGCCUUUCCGUGUGAAAAAGAUAAUGGACCAGGUCCAACAAGCAUCUGUGUCUUCAUCUGGAACUAACAAAAAUCAAAUAGAUAGUAAGAAAAAGAAACCUACUUCACCAGUAAAACCUAUGCCACAAAAUACCGAAUGUAGGACACGUGCAAGAAAGAAUACAGACUCAAAAAAUAGUUUGAAUGCUGACCGAACUUUCUCAGACAACAAAGAUUCAAAGAAACAGAACUUGAAGAAUAAUUCCAAGGAUAUAAAUGAUAAGCUACCAAACAAUGAAGAUCGAGUCAAAGGAAGUUUUGCUUUUGAUUCACCUCAUCACUACACCCCCAUUGAAGGAACACCUUACUGUUUUUCACGAAAUGACUCUUUGAGUUCUCUAGAUUUUGAUGAUGAUGAUGUUGACCUUUCUAGGGAAAAGGCUGAAUUGAGGAAGGGGAAAGAAUAUAAGGACUCAGAAGCUAAAGUUACCAGUCACACAGAACUAACCUCAAACCAACAAUCAGCUAAUAAAUCACAAGCUGUUACAAAACAUCCAGUAAAUCGAGGUCAGUCUAAACCUUUACCACAAAAGCCACCCACUUUUCCCCAGUCAUCCAAAGACAUACCAGAUAGAGGGGCAGCAACUGAUGAAAAAUUACAGAAUUUUGCCAUUGAAAAUACUCCAGUGUGCUUUUCUCGUAAUUCCUCCCUGAGUUCUCUCAGUGACAUUGACCAAGAAAACAACAACAAAGAAAAUGAAUCCAUCAAAGAGACUGAGCCUCCUGACUCACAAGGAGAACAAAGUAAACCUCAGGCAUCAGGUUAUGCUCCUAAAUCAUUUCAUGUUGAAGAUACCCCUGUUUGUUUUUCAAGAAAUAGUUCUCUCAGUUCUCUUAGUAUUGAUUCUGAAGAUGACCUCUUGCAGGAGUGUAUAAGUUCUGCAAUGCCAAAAAAGAAAAGGCCCUCGAGACUCAAGGGUGAUAAUGAAAAGCACAGUCCCAGAAACAUGGGUGGCAUAUUAGCUGAAGAUUUGACACUUGAUUUGAAAGAUAUACAAAGACCAGAUUCAGAACAUGGUUUAUCCCCUGAUUCGGAAAAUUUUGAUUGGAAAGCUAUUCAGGAAGGUGCAAAUUCCAUAGUGAGUAGUUUACAUCAAGCUGCUGCUGCUGCCUGCUUAUCUAGGCAAGCUUCAUCUGAUUCAGAUUCUAUCCUUUCACUGAAAUCAGGAAUCUCUCUGGGAUCACCUUUUCAUCUUACACCUGAUCAAGAAGAAAAACCCUUCACAAGUAAUAAAGGUCCACGAAUUCUCAAACCUGGGGAGAAAAGUACAUUAGAAACUAAAAAGAUGGAAUCUGAAAAUAAAGGAAUUAAAGGAGGUAAAAAAGUUUAUAAAAGUUUGAUAACUGGAAAAGUUCGAUCUAAUUCAGAAAUUUCAAGCCAAAUGAAACACCCCCUUCAAACAAAUAUGCCUUCAAUCUCUCGAGGUAGGACAAUGAUUCAUAUUCCUGGAGUGCGGAAUAGUUCCUCAAGUACAAGUCCUGUUUCUAAAAAGGGGCCACCCUUGAAGACUCCAGCCUCCAAAAGCCCUAGUGAAGCUCAGACAGCCACCACUUCUCCUAGAGGAGCCAAGCCAUCAGUGAAAUCAGAGUUAAGCCCUGUUACCAGACAGACUUCCCAAAUAGGUGGGUCAAAUAAAGGGUCUUCUAGGUCAGGAUCUAGAGAUUCCACUCCUUCAAGGCCUGCUCAGCAACCAUUAAGCAGACCUAUGCAGUCUCCAGGGCGAAACUCCAUUUCCCCUGGUAGAAAUGGAAUAAGUCCUCCUAACAAAUUAUCUCAACUGCCCAGGACAUCAUCCCCCAGUACCGUUUCAACUAAGUCUUCAGGUUCUGGGAAAAUGUCAUACACAUCCCCAGGCAGGCAGAUGAGCCAACAAAACCUUACCAAACAAACAGGUUUAUCCAAGAAUACCAGUAGUAUCACCAGAAGUGAGUCUGCCUCUAAAGGACUAAAUCAGAUGAGUAAUAGCAAUGGAUCCAAUAAAAAGGUGGAACUUUCCCGAAUGUCUUCAGCUAAGUCAAGUGGAAGUGAAUCUGAUAGAUCAGAGAGACCUGUCUUAGUACGACAGUCUACUUUCAUCAAAGAAGCUCCAAGCCCAACCCUGAGGAGAAAACUGGAAGAAUCUGCUUCAUUUGAAUCUCUUUCUCCAUCUUCUAGACCAGAUUCUCCCACUAGAUCCCAGGCACAAACGCCAGUUUUAAGUCCUUCCCUCCCUGAUAUGUCUCUCUCCACACACUCAUCUGUUCAGGCUGGUGGAUGGCGAAAACUUCCACCUAAUCUCAGUCCCACUGUAGAGUUUAAUGAUGGAAGGCCAACAAAGCGUCAUGACAUAGCACGGUCCCAUUCUGAAAGUCCUUCCAGACUUCCAAUAAAUAGGUCAGGAACCUGGAAACGUGAGCACAGCAAACACUCAUCAUCCCUUCCUCGAGUAAGCACUUGGAGAAGAACUGGAAGUUCAUCUUCAAUUCUUUCAGCUUCAUCAGAGUCCAGUGAAAAAGCCAAAAGUGAGGAUGAAAAACAUGUAUACUCUAUUUCAGGAACCAAGCAAACUAAAGAAAACCAAGUAUCCACGAAAGGAACAUGGAGAAAAAUAAAAGAAAGUGAACUUUCUCCCACAAAUACUUUGCCAAUCACUUCCUCAGGUGCUACAAAUGGUGCUGAAUCAAAGACCCUGAUUUAUCAAAUGGCACCUGCUGUUUCUAAAACAGAGGAUGUUUGGGUGAGAAUUGAGGACUGUCCUAUUAACAACCCUAGAUCUGGAAGAUCUCCCACAGGUAAUACGCCCCCAGUAAUUGAUGGUGUCUCAGAAAAGGUAAAUCUAAGCAUUAAAGAUUCAAAAGAUAAUCAGGGAAAACAAAAUGUGGGUAAUGGCAGUGCUCCUGUGCACAGCACAGGUUUGGAAAACCCCCUGAACUCCUUUAUUCAGGUGGAUGCCCCAGACCAAAAAGGAACGGAGACAAAAUCAGGACCAAGUAAUCCUGUCCCCACAGCAGAGACUAGUGAAAAUUCUAUAGCAGAACGUACCCCAUUCAGUUCAAGCAGCUCCAGCAAGCACAGUUCACCUAGUGGGACUGUUGCUGCCCGAGUGACUCCUUUUAAUUACAAUCCAAGCCCUAGGAAAAGCAGCGCAGAUAGCACUUCUGCCCGGCCAUCUCAGAUCCCAACACCGGUAAAUACCAACACAAAGAAACGAGAUUCAAAAACUGACAGCACGGAAUCCAGUGGAACUCAAAGUCCUAAGCGCCACUCUGGGUCUUACCUUGUAACAUCUGUUUAAAAAAGCUGGAAGGAUGAAACUAAGAAAAUUAGGUGUUAAUUACAACUGCUCUAAGAAAUUUUCAGAUGAAAACUUAAAAAGAUUGAACAGUUUUGUAAAUAGGUUUGAUUCUUGUUAGAGGGGUUUUGUUCUGGAAGCCAUAUUUGAUAGUACACUGUCUUCACUGGUCAUAUUUUGGGAGGCACUCUUGAUAUUUAGGGGAAAAAUGGUAAAGCCAAGUAUAUUUGUACAGUACGUUUUACAUGUAUUUAAGUAGCAUUCAUCCCAUCCUUUAAUUAUCGUGUGUCUUAAAAUAACACUACAGAUAGAAAAUAUAUAUUGCUGUUAUCAAUCAUUUCUAGAUUAUAAACUAACUAAACUUACAUCAGGGAGAAAUUGGUAUUUAUGCAAAAAAAAGAGUUGUAGUCCUUGUGAAUCUAUCUAACAUCGUAAUUAAUCAUGUGGCUGUGAAAUUCACAGUAAUAUGGUUCCCGAUGAAUAAGUUUACCCAGCCUGCUUUUGCUUUACUGCAUGAAUGAAACUGAUGGUUCAAUUUCAGAAGUAAUGAUUAACAGUUCUGUGGUUACAUGAUGUGCAUAGAGAUAGCUACAGUGUAACAAUUCACACUGUUUUGUGCUCAAAAAAAAAAAAAACUGUGUAACUGUAAAACAUUGAAUGAAACUAUUUUACCUGAACUAGAUUUUAUCUGAAAGUAGGUAGAGUUUUUGCUAUGCUGUAACUGUUGUAUAUUCUGGUAUUUGAGGUGAGAUGGCUGCUCUUUUAUUAAUGAGACAUGAUUUGUGUCUCAACAGAAACUAAAUGAACAUUUCAGAAUAAAUUAUUGCUGUAUGUAAACUAUUACUGAAAUUGGUAUUUGUUGGAAGGACCUUAUUUCACAUUUGUAUUAAUAAUUGUCAAAAGGGCCUCUUUUAAAAACGUAUAUGAAUUUUUUCUUCAGAUUCUAUGCAUUAAGAGAAAAAUUCCUCUUCCUCUUACUGUAAUAAAAACAUUUGAAGAAGACUAUUGGCACUUAACCAUUACUGAAAUUAAUUUUUCUUUAUGUGAUUAGCACUUCUUGCUAUUUAAUGUUUUUCCACGUUUUUUUUUCCUUACUCCAUUACAGCCCAGUUAAAAUAUAUGCAUAUUAGACUGCCUAGCACAAGCCUCAACAGUGAACAUAACAAGCCCACACAGCGUAUUUCCUUUUCUUACUAGAAUUCUGUACUUGAAAAUGUAAUGAUUUUUUGGAAAGUAGAAGUAAUCUCUUCUCAGCUCUACAACAUAGCUGCUUUCCCCUUCAUCUUCUCCCUGUUGCUACUGAAUCUGAAAUGAACAUCAUUUAUCACCCCAUAUGUUAGGGCAGAUUUUUUGCAGCCAAGUAUAAUCAGUAUUUUGCCAUCAUAUGAAACUUCAGAGAUAGAUUUAAUACCAUUAAGAUAAUCAAAGGGAUCUUAAAUUUUAUUUUUGAUGGGUAUGGCUGUGGGGAAGUCCUUCAUAAAAGAAAAUACUUAGGGUCCUUUACUUACUGCUAUGUCUUACAUUUAUCAUAAAAGAUCAGAGGGUGACCAUGAUGAUAAGUGCUCAUAUAUUUGUUGAUAAAUAACAAUUUUAUUUUUAAUGAUAAAAUUCAUGUACCUUGCAUUUGGAGAUGGAAACGGAUUUCUAGCCAUGUGGGGUACUGGAAAAAGGAAAUGAGAUGUGAGUUUGCCCACCUACCUGGUGCCCUUGAAGUCAGUCGUACAGUUCACUGUCUAUUGCUUGCUUGUGUUUAUAACUGGCAGGUAAUGGGGCUCAUUAUUUUUAAAGCUAAAAUGCCUGGAAAUUAAAGUGCUGUAAUUUUAACUAAGGCAUUUUACUCCAAAGCCUAUACUCUUUCCAGUGCUCCACUUUUAAACACCUCAUGUACUUAAUCUUUGGAAUAUAUCUACCUUUAAAUUUUGUCAAAUUUUUAUCUGAAAUUGUGAAUAAUACUCUAUUUUGUUCUUCAAGGCUGCCAUGAAUAAUAGAGACACAUGUAUAAUCAUUUUCUUUCAGUCAUGAUUUUGUCUGAAUUACUGCAUGUUUUUAUAAACCACUUCAGAUAUUUUUAUGGAAGAAGAUGGGGUAUUAAUUAGAAUAAAAAUCUCCUUAAAUUCACAUUAAAGGAAGAAACAUCAGUAUUUGAAAUGAAACAAGAGUUCAUUUCAUGUGCCCCAAGACGAUCUCCUGUGGGCACCACUGCUGGGAGAAGGGCCAAUCAGUGUGUGUAAUUCCUCAAAGAAAGGGUUGCUGGCUGAGACCCUCUAGUUAAGAGAGAUGGCUGCGAAUUAAUAAAUGGACAAAUCUCAGUCCUACUUUGGAAAGUCCACAGGGUUCUGCCAUGAAUGAUAGGCCAGGUACUCCCAGAGUGUGCUUGGACAAAUGCAUACUAAACCCAGUGCUGGAAUUGGUUAAUAGUUGUGAUGCCAUUGCCAGGUGGCAGGUGCAAUGCCCUAUUUAGCUUGGACUGCAGCUCAGUGGUUUUCCAACGAAGACUUAUUUGAAUCAUCUUGAAAGCGAGGCACAGUAGUGCACACCUGUAAUCCCAGUUACUGGAAACUCUAAGGCAGAAGAUCAGCCUGGGAAACUCAGGAAGGCCUCAUCACAAAAGCAAAAAGCUGGUCCACAGUUUGAGUAGGUUUGGGGGGGGUGGUCAAGAAUGGCAUUUGUAACAAGCUGAAAUGUGCUGCUGCUGAUCUGAAGACCACAGUUUGAAAAUGAUUACCCUCAGUUACCAUGAAGUUCCUUGAAUAAUUGCCUUUGGCUCUAGCAGUUCAAAACCUGGACCUUUGCUGGGCGUGGUGGCGCACACCUGUAAUCCCAGCACUUGGGAGGCUGACGCAAGAGGAUCAC